AUGGCCACAGCGACAUGUCAGCUGUCAGAGGAGCAGUUCCUCUGCUCCAUCUGCCUGGACGUGUUCACCAACCCUGUGACUCUGCCUUGUGGACACAGCUUCUGGAGUGGGAGGAGGCAGGCAGUGGAACUGGGGUUGAUCGUAGAAUAUGGGGAAAUAUGGAGAGAGGCUGAAGAAGGACCCACUUCCAGGACAGAUGCUGAAAUCCUGGAGAUGAUCGCAGAGAGAGAACGCACCAUUCAGCAGCUGCGUCAACUGAUGGAGCUCAACGACAGAGAGGCUAAAGCCGAAAGAGCACACGGUGAACGAGCCUUCGCCGCUCUGAUCGAUUGUGUGAGGGGAGAUCUUGAUGCCUUCUUACAAUACAUGAACAGCAAGAGCCAGGCGACAGAGAACCAGGCAAAGGGCUGUGUAAAAGAGCUGGAGCGAGAGAUUUUAGAGUUAAAAACCAGCCCUGGAACCGCUGUAAGAGAUAUGAAAACCUUCAAUAUCCGUAAGCCGACUUUUGAAGGGACUGCGGCGAGGGCCAUGGCGGAGUUAGAACCAAAACUCAGUCAGAAAAUGAGUAGGGUUUUUAUCAGUGAGUUUCAAAGAGUCCAAAAAUACUAUAUCCGCGUUUUGCUCGACCCGGAGAAGGUACACCCCAGAUCGGCCAACCAACGAAAAAGCGCCGAUAAUAAUAAGCCGGAGUGUCGAUGUGUUUUAGCCGCGCAAAGUUUCUCUGCGGGGAGAUUUUACUUUGAGGUUGACGUCAGGGGGAAGUCCAAUUGGGCUCUAGGAUUGGCGAAGGAGCUGCACGUGGAAAGGGAGGUCGUGUUGAGCCCGCAGAACGCCUACUGGGUGAUAUGUAUGAGAAAUAAAACCGAGUGUUAUGCCCGUUCUGUGCCGUCUGUGCGGCUGGAGCUGAAAUCCAGGCCGGAAAAGGUGGGAGUGUUUGUGGAUUACGAGGAUGGCCUGGUGUGCUUUUAUGACGCCAAACAGGCAGGUCUAUUGCACACAUUCAGCGCGUGUGAUUUUGCCCACAAUAUUUGUCCGUUUUUCAGUCCGUGCCAGAACGACGGGGCGAAACUCCACACUCAGCCCGAUUCGCCAUGUGUGCUGCAGUAG